AUGGCGCGGGGUUCUGAAAACUGCCGUGAUGACCAAAAGCCCAAAAGUGAUCACUGUGAACAUGAUGGCCAGCGCCUCCAGGAGUUCAUCAUCAUCAGCGGCAUCCAUCCUGAUGGCAAUGCCGGGCGGUGGGUGUGCAAGGUGCGCGUGCCGGGCCACUGCGGCUGCAAGCUCUGGCUUGGCACCUUCGACUCCGCCAAGGCCGCGGCGCGCGCGCACGACGCCGCCACGCUCGGCGUCGUGGGCCUUGGCGUCUGCCUCAACUUCGCGGACUCCGCGUGGCUGCUCGCGGUCCCAGCCUCGUACACCAGCCUCGUCGAGGUGCGCCGCCCCGUCGCCAAGGCCGUGGAGGAGUUCCGGCGCCGCGAGUCGCUCCGGAGGAGGAGGAUGCGCGAUCAGCCACGUACGUCGUCGACGCCGUCCUCCCCCGGCAGCGUCGAAGACGAGGCCUCGACCGACGGGGAGGAGUCCUCGCCUGCCGCCGAUGACUCGCCAUUCGAACUGGACCUGUUCGGUGACCUGAGCUCGAACUUGUACUACACGAGCUUGGCGCAGGCGAUGCUCAUGGAGCCACCGUCCACCGUCGCGGUCUACUACGAUGAGGGCAUGGCCGAUGUGCCUCUCUGGAGCUAUUAG